UUUUUACUUUAUUAUACACUUUCCAAUAAUUUUCUAUCAAUGGAAUUUAAUCAAUUCAAAUAUUCUCAAUUAAUUCCUCAAAAGUAUAAAAAAGUACUUUAACAAUAUAAAAAAUCUCUCUUUGUGGAAUAAGAAAAAAAUUUAAAACAUCUUACUUUCGGGAACGGAAGUAGUAUUGUGUUACGUAUUCAUAUAUUUUUGUAUGCGAGAAAGUAAAAAAAAAAAAAACAGAAAAUAGAAAAGGCUGAGAUUGAGGUCUUACAAUAUUUGUUUUUUCAAUGUUCAUAUGUAUAAAAACAACCUUCACAUAAACAGAUAUAUAUAUAUAUAUAUAUCUCAAACUGAUGAUUAUUAAUAAUAAUUGUCAUUAUCAUACACAAGAGCUUCAUAAUCUUCUCCGCUUAAGUCCGAUCUGACGAGACAAUGUAGCUUAUCCUCAGUCCACGAAGCCAUUGCUUGUUCCUUACGGCGACCUUUAGAUUUGUUGGCUGACUUCUUAGCCGGUGAGGCAUGGCAAUCACUGCACUUGGACCUUUCACAUCUUCCUGUGAAUUUCGAGUGGUUAGUCGGUUUUGAUGACACUUUGGCAAAUACUCCAAAAGCUGGUGGUGAAUCAAACCGGUUCACAAACAGUUUUGCGGGUCGCGGGUUUAAUUCGGAAGGAAGAAUCAUCAAUGUCCGAACAACACCGUGUUGGCGACCUUCUCUCUUCAUUUUUGCUUAUUUUGAUUUGAGAGUUGAUGCAUUGUUGAGUUUAAUAAUGUGUACAUAUAUAGAGACAUGUACUUGGGGAGCACUGCGUAUCAAAUAUGUUUGGGACUCAAGAAAAUCGAAUGGUCAACUAUACUUGUACACCAAGAAAUUCUCAUCAUUUUAAUAUUGGUUUUUGAGGUUUGUUUUUUAUUUAUUUGGUCAUCAUUAUGUGUGGGACUUCUUAAAAGUCCUUUAAAAAUAUUGAAACCACAUUGUCGAUUGUUAUAAUUGAUACCAGAGUCAUUACAUGAAUUUUGAGUGAACCGGGAACAGUUUUAUGACAUUUAAGCUAAUUAUUUCAAAAACCAUAAUUUUGAACUAAAUUUUUUUUUUUUUAAACUAGUCGUGACUCGUGACAAGUGAUCCCAUUCGUCGUGAUUCGCCACUGGUUGUUCUUACCUAUUUUUUUUUCUACAUCCUGUUUUAUUUGUUUACUAUAUGUUGUAGAAAAAAAGAUUCUAAAAUUAUAGGUAAAAAUGUCGUCUAUUCUCUAUGAUCUUAGGCUUUGGCAGGUGCUAGCUUCAUUUAUUUCUUCAUCGUGGCAGUAACAAUGCACAACAUCGUUAGGAAAUGCCUAUGUUUCUUCAGGAUCAUAAUGAUCCGAACAAGCUUGUUUUCUUCUACCAAGGAUCUGGAGUGCAGCUCGGAGCUGAGGGAUUCACGGUUGGAUUGCUCUUGGCGUUUGUCCACAUUGUCAAAUUAUUAAGAUCACAGAAAUAUUGAGUCUUGAGAUCACUCUAAGAUACAAAGUUUUUUUAAUGAAUGUAAAUUAUAUUCAUAAAAAGAUUGUGUUACAUCGAAUGCUACUUUAUUUUGAAAGUGUCGUUUGAUCUUUUGUUUUGUUGUUGAUCUUGCUCUUUUCUUUUGAGUUUUCAGUUUGAUCUCUAGGAAAAAUUUACAACCAUCGCCUGUUAUCUGUUUGAGAAUCAACCUGAGUCAAGAUCGGUUUAAUAUAUGAGUUCUUUCAUCCAAUCUUUUGUGAUAGAGAUUGAGUUUCGUUUUAUAACUUUGCUAGCUUUAGCCUAUCAACAUGACAGGCUUGUGCGCGUGGGCACCAUGAUAUACCUGGAAAAAUGCUAAUCACGCCUCUCAUAAAGUAUUUCCAAUCCAUAACACUAUUUUAAUGUGAGAACUAUAUCAUUUUAGUAUCAAACUUUAUUUUCUUUUUCGACUACAAUACAAAGUUUACAUCAAAAUUGUAUUUUUGAUUUUUAUAUUAUUUAGUUAUAAAUUUUAUUAUUAAAAAUUAUUAUGUAAUUAUAUUGAACAAAAAUGUAUAACACUAAAAUAAUUGUUUUAAAAUAAAUUAUUAUUAUUAUUAUAAAAUAUAAUAAUAUUAAAAUAACAAACUAAAUAAACUAUUCUAAUAUUUGUAAUAUAUUGAUUAUAUAUAAUUAUUUAUCCAUUUUAUAUGUUUUUAUCUUGCCACUGAUAUUUAUCUAAUUAAUAUUUUAUUAAUAAAAAUAAGUGUAGUUUUGCACUAAAAUGAUGAGAUUUUUGCAGUUGGGUUGAAUAAAUUUUGGUAUAGAAAUUACACUAUAAUGGUAUUUUACGGUUGGGUUGGAGAUGGCAUGAUGCAUUACACAAAUGAAGUGUUUUUUUUUGGAACAACACAAGUGAAGUGGUUAUACCUCUGAUUGUUUGUUGUGUUUGUUGUGAUGCUAUUUUUUCAAACGAAUCUACAGCCAAUAGUAGUUUUAUGACUUUAUCCAUAUGAUAUUUUCUUAUAACUACCAACUCUGUCCAACUCCCUUUUGGGCUUUUCGUUAUAUUGGCCUUUUAGUUUUAGUUAUAAAAUUUCUGGCUCCACAAAGCGAUUAGCUCUUCUAUGUCAUCAUGCUUGCAAUGCAUGAUGUAGGCUUACGGGUUCACCUUAUUCGGAUUAUUCAGUUUAUUUAGUUCGGUUAGAAAAAAAAUGUGCUGAAUUAAACAAAAAAAAAUUGGUUCAGCAUUGGCAUUCGAGUAUUUCAAUUAAUGAAAAUUUUACUAACAUUAACCAAAGUUUUUGGUUUCACUUGAAUUAUGGUUAAAACUUAGGGUUUUCUGUUGCGGUUAAAUUCAUUUUAUGGUUAGCUCAACUGUCUUUUCAAAGUUUUAGUUAGUUUGAUUAGUUUGGUUCAGAAAUUAGUUAAGACUGGCAGGGUUGGAUUAUAUUUUUAUAAAGAAAUUAGGCCCUAAUUGAUUGCCAAAUCAAAGCAAUAAAAUAUUUUUAUCUACUUAAUUAAAACGAACUUAAACUGCAAACCAAAAAUGAAAUACAGUGGCAAUAUAACAUUUACUAAAAUGGAUUAUGAUCAUUCCUAAAGAAAUUGACUUUUACUCUUUCCGAAAUAAAGCCACACAUAAAUACUAUAAUCAGUUACAUUUUUCUGACGGGAUAGAAGAUUUAACCCAAAGGCAAGAGGUGUCUUGAAAGUGACUAAGCACAAUUUUCAACAUAUAUAAACAAAACCAACACAGCUGUCUCACCUAGUCACAUUGUCUGUUAUCACAAUCUACAAUUAAAGACAAUGACGAUUGCAUUACAUUUGUAUACAUAAAUAUAGGAACUAAAAAACGUGAAGGCCACAACUCAAAUAUCUCAAAAUGUGUAGAUUUCCAAAUCUAUAAAAAAUGCUUAAGGCUAAUCAUUUGAUUCGACAACAAUAUUUUUUGUGUUUACUCUUUGUAUAAUAUAUUAAUCGUUGUUGAUUAGUUAUACACUUUAAACUUAAUAUAAUGAUAAAUGACAGCUUUUCAUCUAUCUCCUUAAAACAUGAUAAUUUGUAGAAUUAACCUUAUACCAUUGUUUCAUCUAUCUAAGCAGUUAGGUGUGAUUAAAAUCCUGACAUAAUUGUUUGAAAUUAACCUUACACAUAUGUAUGAACAUGAAUUUGUAAUAUAAAAUGUAAAAACUAUUUACAAUUAUGUUAAAUUAUUAGCCAUUUUAUAAUCAAGAUAGUAACUUUUGCAAAUAAAAGGAUCGAAACAAAACCCGCACGGUUGCAGAGAUCCGAAUCUAGUAUUGAUUCAAAAGGGAAAUAAUUUGUUAUUCAGUAAAAAUAGCAAAAAGAACAUAUGCAAUGAAAAUUUUGUGGAGUUCAAACUUGAGACUUGAGUGAGUAUAUCAUUCAUCACAUACUUUUGAAGUUGUUAGAACAAAUCUUUGAUUUCAUUUGGAGAAUUUUUUUUAUGAUAGCCAUUUUUAAAAAUAACCAAAUGAAGUUUUAUUAAAGGGUAAAAGUAUAUUUUUACCUUAUGGUUAAUUAAUCUAGAUUUAGAGUUUAGCGUUAAGGGAUGAGGUUUUGGUGAUAGGGUUUCAAAUUUUAAAAAAUAAAAAAAUAAUUAUGAAAAAUUUCAAAAUAAAAAGACUAUUUUGGUCAUUUUUUUAUGGCUAUUUUUGUGAAAAAAACUUAAAAAGACUAUUUGAGAGAAUUGUUUUUUCAUUUGUGUAUAUAUUGAUUUAGUUGAUUUUUUGAACAUUUAUAUUGUCUUAGUUUUUUUUUUUUUUGAAAAAGACAAAGAGAAUGGUUUCGCCCGGGUACGAACCGGGUCUUAGUUGAUAAAUAAAUUAAAAAACUAUUUCCUACCAAAGCAGCAAAUUAUGUAGUUGAACCAGUUUUUUUUUUUAACAUAUACAUUAGUUUUUACUUUUUAGCAACUUUGCUGAUUUCCUCGAACGGCUAAGAUUCGAGUCUAUGGGUCUAGUAGUUGAACUAAAACUCGUGGAAUGGGUAAUUUGACACCUAAACCUUUAACUAGUUUACUUUAGACAACAUUCUCGAAAUAAAACAUUGUUUCCCUUUGAAAAAUAAACAAUUUUAUAUUUUCUAAUAAUUGAAAAGAAUAUAGUUUGUAGUUAUCUAAUGCACCACUACUCUUUCAUGUCUCCCCUAUAUUUUAUUUGUCUUACUCUUACAUAUCAUUCCAUUCUUGACAAAAGAGCUUUUUGUUCCUUUUUUUCUUCAUCUCCAAUCAUUUCUGGUCUUUUUCCUUCAUUGCUCUCGUAAACCAAACCUUUUUUGUUCAUUUUGACAUUAUCGUCCAAGUGUCUGGGAUUCGAGCAUGUCAACAAGAUUCAAGGGAAUUUAUCAGAAGAGCUUCAAGUGUUUCUCCGACAUUUCGGAUGAGAAGGAUGAAGAGAUGGAUAUAGGUUAUCCUACAGAUGUUCGACACGUGUCACAUAUCGGUUGGGAUAGUUCAUCGAGUAGUGCACCGAGUUGGCUACGUGAAUUCAAAACGAGCAACAACGUUUUAGAGCCAAAUUCAUCGUGGCCGUUUACAGAUUUGAAAUCAGCCAUGGAAGCAUUUGGAGAAGUUGAAAGCAGCAAAGAAUUGGGGAAAGAAUCAAAGAAACAAUACCUGAAGAAGAAACUCUCUUCAAAAGCCUCUAAAUUGUGUGAUCCAUGGUCACCAAGAUUCUUAAGAUCAAGCAAGGUCAUUGCUUGAUUAUUUUAACUUUAUAGUUCAUUGCCGUUGUUUAAUUAAUAAUGUAGAGAAUAUAGUGAGAUAUCAAUGUUGUUGUUUCAUUCGAGAUAUCUAUCUUCAGAAGUGUGUACAUAUUAAUAUUGAGAGUGUCUUUGCAAUGAUAUUCGAAUUGUGUUACCAAGUUCUUUUUGGUAA